AAAACGGACAACUCGGUCAAAAUGACGGCAGACUCCCUCCUGUUCCCUUUCACAGCCAAGGCAGCUCUAAACAUCAGAUUUUACCCCCCACUCUCCCGGCACAAGAGAGAGGCCCUGCGGAGCUUCCACUACAAAAGCUGGACUGAACUCAUCCUGGUCAUCAAGGAGCGAUUCUGGGAGAAGGAAGGGAUCCGCUGGGGCGUUACGGAUCGCCCGUCGAUCUUUAUUAACUACAUGACCGAAUCUCACACCUUGUCAGACGAGUCCUUGUUCUUCCUGGGGAGGAGCGACGAGGCCUGCCAGGAGCUGGCCCUGAGUGACCUGGCUGCCAUCCACAGCGAGGGCGUCCAUGCUCUGUACGAAGGUGGGCUGGUGAAGAAGUGGAGCCUGGAUGAGUCCAGCCUGGGUGUCUUUGCGCCAUUCAUGCCUUUCCAGCUGACGGAUUAUCACCAGGACCUGCUCGUGGCCUUUCAGAGAGUGUGCUUCACGGGGAAGCACACCGCCCUGCUCCACUUAUCGAUCGAGAUCGAUUGA